CGCUGAUACGGCUAGCGGUCGUUUCCUGUUUCCUGUGUGAUCCGCUGCCGAGAGCGCGACGGGUCCGGUGGGGAGGAGAAGGAGGUUUCUAAGGCCAGAACCAUGGACAAGCACAAAGUCAAGAGACAACGCCUGGAUCGAAUCUGUAUCCGGCCGCCUAUUCUAAAUGGUCCUAUGCCUGUCCGUCCCUUGGUGGCCCUUCUUGAUGGAAGGGACUGCACAGUUGAGAUGCCUAUAUUAAAGGAUGUUGCUACCGUAGCAUUCUGUGAUGCUCAGUCUACACAAGAGAUCCAUGAGAAAGUGUUAAGUGAAGCAGUGGGAGCCCUUAUGUAUCACACAAUCUCCCUUUCUAGAGAGGACCUGGAAAAAUUUAAGGCUCUUCGUAUCAUCAUACGAAUUGGAAGUGGUUAUGACAAUAUUGAUAUCAAGUCUGCAGCUGAAAUGGGCAUUGCUGUUUGUAAUGUUCCCUCAUCGUCCGUGGAAGAGACCGCCGAUUCUACGCUCUGCCACAUCUUGAACCUCUAUCGGCGUGUCACAUGGCUGCACCAAGCUAUGAGAGAAGGGAAUCGUGCUGCCAGUGUGGAACAGAUCAGAGAGGUUGCGGGAGGGGCUGCCAGAAUCCGUGGGGAGACGUUGGGCAUCAUUGGACUUGGCAGGGUUGGGCAAGCAGUUGCUUUACGUGCCAAGGCCUUUGGUUUCGCGGUCAUAUUUUAUGACCCCUAUCUUCCUGAUGGAGUUGAGCGUUCCCUGGGCUUACAGCGGAUGGCGACGCUUCAAGAUCUGCUAAUGCACAGUGACUGCAUAACUUUGCACUGCAGUCUGAAUGAGCACAAUCAUCACCUCAUCAAUGAUUUUACCAUAAAGCAGAUGCGGCAGGGCUGCUUUCUGGUAAACACCGCCCGUGGGGGACUCGUUGAUGAGAAAGCGCUUGCCCAGGCUUUAAAAGAUGGACGAAUCCGAGGUGCUGCUUUAGAUGUCCAUGAGUCUGAACCUUUCAGUUUUUCUCAGGGACCUUUAAAAGAUGCCCCUAACUUGAUCUGCACCCCUCACACUGCCUGGUACAGUGAACAUGCUUCAAUUGAAUCAAGAGAGGAGGCAGCUAAAGAAAUCCGCAGAGCCAUUACAGGUCCAAUUCCAGAUGCAUUGAAAAAUUGUGUAAAUAAAGAGUAUUUGCUGGCAGCCGCACAGUGGCCAGCAAUGGAGUCUGUUCAUCCAGAGCUCAAUGGAGCAGCAGGAUAUAGGUUCCCACCAGGAGUUGUGGGAGUAGCUGCUCCGGGACACCCAGCUUCGGUGGAAAGCCUUGUGGCAACCUCACACCCUUUACUUCCCUCUGUUUCCCACACUCCGUCACCAGGACAAACAAGCAAGCCAGAGCAAGACAGAGAAAUUCCCACUGACCAGUAGCAAUACUGUGCUUUGUUUGUGUUCUUCUUUUUAUGUUUAUUUUGCCUUGUCUUGUUUUUUUUCCCUUUUUUUUAUACCACCAGUCCCAUACUUUUGCUCUGCCUUCCCCCUCAGAACGUUUUUGGGGAGAAGAGCGGGAUUCCAGGUCUCUUCAGCAGCUUUACCCAGUUAGUGGAAUCAGGCUGCAAGCCCUGAGGUGUAUCAUCUCUCCUCACACCGGAAAGGAGAAUGUUCUUAUCAAUGUCUGGAAACCUUUCGAUAUUGCCUUUCAACAGAUCUAUUUUUUAACUGAUUUAGUUUUACGUGAAAUACUGUAUGGGUGGGUUGUGCUUCUGUGUGCCGGGACAGGCUGAUCUUUUCUGCUUCCUCUAGAAUGAGACAUACCCAGUUGUCUCAGGGAGCUGAGGCAUCGCCAAAUUUUUAGGGUGGUGGGUAUCUUGUAAUCUAAAGUGUGUCUCAAUCCCCUCACUACUGGAAGAUAAGAAACGCGUUCUCUUCUGAAGGAGCUACUUGAGCUUCUACAUUGCUGUGAGAGCGCACCAUCAAAUUAAUUUUUAAAAUUAAAGUUGGAUCAUUGUUGUUGACUUUGGAAACAAAAGCAGAAGUAUUGAAAAGUUAAAAUAAUGAUCACUUGCAUGUGUCUCUCAGGUUCUUAGUAUAUGGAUGAAAAGAGGUCUUGUGUCCAGCAUGGUGAUGAAUGAGGCCUUGGGCAUUAAUUCAUUUGUUUGACACCAUUGUGUCUACAUUGAAGUAUAGAUUGAAAGAAUGACGAUUCUGUCGCCUCAUUUCAUCCAGAAGUUGUAGCUGUUCAUGGCAUAUUGCACUUCAGUAGCUUAUUAAGGAGCAGGAUUCCCGGAUAUGGGUGCAUGUUUUAUUCUGGGCGUAGCUGCUGUGUUCAUAUUAUAUAGUGUAUGGUUUUAGCCCCUUCCCCUAAAGGAUAUUUUUACUGGCUCGGGAUGAUUGUGAAUAGCGUCUAGUGAAUGUCAUUUAGUAUAACAAGUCUCAGGAUUAAAGUGCAUGAAUCAGGUUGAAAUUGUGUAUAUUAUAGAGGGAUAUUUUAAUAGUCUGGCGUGUUGAAGAAGAAGCAGAUUGAGGUUGUAUGCUGGCACAAACAGUCCCAAAGCUUAUCUUUUUAGUUAGAUGGUGACAUGACAAAAGGUUUGACUGGUAGAGUUCUGGGUUCUGAGACCCCCGCCAAUUACUAAAAUUAGAAGGAAGAAGCGCCCUGUUGAAUCCUGUCUCUUGCUAGCUGAAGACGGGCUUACCAUAAAUCCUACUUAUCUCUGGUCCCCAAGUUUUACAUAUAUUUGCUAUUGAGAAACCUUUAUCUGAGUGUUUGGUGCUAAGUUUGUUUAUAAUGUAUUUAAUUGAAAAUCAUCUGUUAAGUUAGAAAGUCCUCAGUCUCUUGGGGCUUAUUCCCUCCAUGCUUGUCAUUCGGUUUGGCCUCUGGGACGCUAGGCUUUAGUCCAAAGAACCCAGAGGAUAUGGACUUUUAUCUUCUUUCCCAUCAGCUUUUGAAUUGUAGAAUACUCACAAGUUACUAGCUUGUAAGGCUGAUGCACAAGUGGCUUAACUGACUAUUCUUCUUUGCCUCAAGGCGGAUACUUAUUAAGACUGGCGCUUUCUGCGCCACAUCCCCUGCACUGCCGGACGACGUACAUAAUUUAUGACGAAGCACAUACCUUGUCAUAAAUUAGGUGCAUCCUCCUGCAGUCUGUGCACCUAAACUGAAAUCUACGACCGCUCUGAGCUGCUAUGGAUUUCUGGCUUUUUUUGUGCCGGAAAACUGGCAUAAAUUAAGAUCAAUUUGUCUAUGUCUCUUUCCCGCCCUUGCCACUCCCCUUUUAGGGAAAGUGGUGAGGGUGCCUUAAAAUCUAAAACAUGCGGAAAUUUCUUAGUGUCGCAAACACAUAGUUUGCGACUUUUCAACAGCAUGUUUCAGGCGCAAGGGGGAUGAUAAAUCUCCAUAAAGGUGGCCAUACACAUGGAUAGUCUUUAUUUGAUCAAAAGUAGUGUUGAGCGAACUUGUGUUUUAAGUUCAGCGUCUAAAGUUUGGGUCAUCGAAGA